UUGUAGCACCAUUGAAUAAAAUUUCAUAAAUAUCAUCAUGAAUAUAACUCGUGUAUUAAAAGAAUUAAGCCCACAUUUCAUUAGUCUUACAGAACAAGGACUUAUGUAUGGGCCACAAGGUAAAAUGAUAGUAAGAAAUCUCGAAGAGCAUUGGUUUUUACAUUGUGUUACAAUGUCGCCUUAUAACAUAUUCUUAUCGGAUGAAUAUAGCGAUACCUUAGAUUUUAUUACUAAGACCGCGACAAGCGAUAUACCGUUUGGAUUAGCUAGAGUGAAAAGCUGCAAAGAUAGUUGGAAUCGGGAUAUAUUAACUAGAUUCAAAUUAAACUUACACAAAAUCGCUGAAAUAGCUAUUUUUAACAACGAUACAGAAACCAAAGAUUUAUUUCAUACGGUACAAAAGCAACGUAAAAUUUGGUGGCGCAGAUUAGCUCAAUAUCCUUCUCGAUUCGUACUUACAGAAGUGAAAAAAGCAAAAAAUCAUGACCUAAUAAAUAUUGAAGCACAAUUUCCAUUUGGCAAUAUUACUGUGGAAAGGAUAACUCACUAUAUGGACAUUCAAAAACUAUUCCCUCAGAUUGAUAAUAAACAAGUUUCUGAACAACAAAUGAUUGAACAUUCGGUAUCUUUAGACUGGGGUUGUCUAGCACUACUUUGCGAUACUUAUGAUAUAAGUAAAAAAACUAAGAUGCAUAUUCAUUCCAAACUAGCACCACAUAAAAUUGCAUUUCGUAUAAAAAGACCAAGUAACGACGCGAACGUUCAAAAUAAUGAUUUAAAUCGCUUUGUACUUUAUUUAAAUAAUAUGCUAAAAACAAAGGGCAUGAAUACUAUAUUAACCACUUCCGAACAAAUUAUAGAUACGUGCUUGGUUCCUUUUAUAGUUUUAGUUGAUGAGACUAGUCUUGAAAAUGGCAUUAUAUAUGUAAUGGACAGAUCGACAACUCUUAGCGAAUCAGUUCAUAUAACCGAUUUAGUAAACCAUAUAAGUAUGCGAUGUUAACCAAUUGAUAUGGUUUAAUUUCAUUUGAAUAAAAUUGUAUCAAACAUUUAAAA